GCCAGACGACCUCUGCACUCGCCUUCGUACUCUAGUCUCCAUCCUUAUACACCAACCUUCGCAUAGAUCUGGUGCUGGGGCUUAACAUUAUUGGCGACCUUGCGGUACAAUCUCGACAUCUUGCAUAGAACUGCCGCUUCUCUGGCAAUCUUGCCCCAGCAUGCCUCUUCAACACAAUGGCUACUCGGCGUAUAUCAAAUGCGAGGGUAAGGAGCUCGAAGUAUACGGCGUAAGUGUGGAAGAUGAGAAGACUGUCAGCUGCUGGGUCGCAAGUGAGGACGGAAAGACCUUCUCCAUUCACUGGGGCGACGAUUCGUCGAAGACCUUCAUGGAAGUGACGACACGCAUUGAUGGGCCCCGCGUGAAUGUAUAUGCCCAUAAAGCCAACAGGGAAGGCUGUUUCAUCGGGGUGCGCGAGGGUACCGAUAGAAGGCGAGAGUUGGUGUUCGUUCCGCUAGUUGUAACAGACGAUGAAACCGUAGCGAACACCGGCGUGAACGAAGAGCUCGGUACCAUACAAGUGGAACUCAGGCGUGUUGAGCGUUGGGAGUCCACGGAGAAAGCGGAACCUCGCCGAUAUAAGGGCGAUACAGAGUUGCACAGAAGGACGGUCCACGAAAGGAGCAAGAAGGCUGGAGUCCACACGGUUGGCUUCGGGAAUUCGAUAUCCGCUCCCCUCAAGCGCACAGUUUCUCGCGCUGUCGGACGUGAGAAGGAGCCCUUUGUGGUAUUCAAAUUUCGUUACCGACCUCUAGAACUCUUACGAGCGAAUGGGAUCGUCCCGCUUCCGAAAGGACAUACACAGAGCCAGCAAUAUCCUCUAAUGUCUCAAGACCUACUUGGAGCCGUAGAUUCGAAUACUCGCAAGCGGCGGCGCGACGAAGGUUCGGACGAAGCAAAGCCCAAGCUCCCAAAGCACGAAGUUGAGGACGACCGAGAGAACCUCAUUUUCCUCCGAGAACAGCUAGCGAUGCUGCAGAAACGCGUUGAGGAGAUGGAGGCUUCGCAGAAGUCCCGGGAACCGGCGGUCAAACGCGAGACCUCUCCUAUCCGUGUUCCAUUCUCCGGCCCUGAGGUCAUUGAUCUGACCUAGCAAACGUCUAGCCCAUAUGCAUGUUCCGCUCAUAUCUUAUAAUUCCAGUGUAAAAUCACCUCCCUCGUAGGUCGAUUGCUGAGUAGUCUACGUGUCUCACGCUAUUCCUCCCCCUUGAUGUCGUGUCUUCCACUACAGCCCACCUAAUUGUCUAAUAUACCUGUUUUAAGC